UUUUUUUUAAAACAAAUGGAAGAAAAACUUCCCCUUUCUCCUCUGUUUGUCUUACGCUUCCCAGGACUGGCCUAUAUCUGCGAAGGGCUGAAAGAGCAGCGGAAAGGCCUGGUCACCCUCGUGCUGUGGAAUAACCAGCUGACCCACACCGGCAUGGCCUACAUGGGGAUGACGUUGCCUCACACCCAGAGUCUUGAGACCCUGAAUUUGGGACACAACCCGAUCGGCAAUGAAGGUGUCCGCAACUUGAAGAACGGGCUCAUCAGCAACCGCUCCGUGCUACGGUUGGGCUUAGCUUUGACCAAACUGACCUGCGAAGGUGCUGUGGCUGUGGCGGAAUUCAUUGCGGAGAGUCCUCGCCUGCUUCGGCUGGACCUGCGGGAAAACGAGAUCAAGACGGGGGGACUUAUGGCCUUGUCCUUGGCUCUGAAGGUCAAUCACUCUUUGCUCAGGCUGGACCUUGACCGGGAGCCCAAAAAGGAAUCGGUGAAGAGUUUCCUCGAGACGCAGAAAGCCCUCCUGACCGAGAUCCAGAAUGGCUGCAAGCGCAACUUUGUCCUGGCCAAAGAGAAGGAAGAGAAGGAGCAGAAACUCCAGCAGUCGGCCUCCAUGCCUGAGAUCACAAUCACGGAACCCCUGGAGGAGGAGGAGGAGGAGGAGGAGGACCAGCAGGCGGGAGAAGAGGACGGGCGGAACGGGGACGUGGUCUCCAGCCUGGAGGAAGUGGAAGAAGCUGCCGAAGCCUUGAUACCCCAGGAGAACGGAGCUGCGGAGCAGAGAGCAGCCGGCGGUGUCGGUGACAACAACAACAACCUCUGCGAUUCCGACUCAGAUACCGAAGAGGAGGAGGAGACCUUGCAAAUAAAGACUUCCUCUCCGUUGGGACAGCACCGCCAGCCCAACCACGCUGAAGGACCCUUCGCGGUGGGUUCUCCCGAGAAGAGCCGGGCCACCCUUGGCGCCGAAUGCAGGACCUCCCUCUCGAACGCUGCGGAAGAAAUCAAAUGUGAACCUCGAAUAGGAACCGCGAGCAGUGCGCCGCUGCAGGCCCAUUCUCCUGGACACGAGAAGCGGAUAUCGGUUUCCAGUCCCGGCCGAGGGCACAAAAUCUUCGUGGUGACGCGGGUGGAGAGCUUGCCGGAGAAGGAGGAGGCAAGGGCAGCCCAUCAGAAGGCGGCCCCCGCAGCUCUGCCCGCCCCUCCGUCGAGGCAGGCGGACUCUCGGGGGCCCUAUCGACCCGUAAAGACUGAAGGCUCGAAAACAGAGACCAGUGAAACUGUGGCUGGACCCACAGCCAGCUUGGAAAGCCUGCCCCCCACGCCAGGUUCCCAUUUGGGCCCCGACAAAAUGAACUCUGGGUGCUGUGAGGACGCUGUCCACCUUACUCUGCUUCCUAACGGGGUGAAGACGGAGUUCCUUUGCGUGCUGCCGGACGCCCCUUUAGGAUACGAUGGGAAAAGAGCCAGCUGUGCUGUGGAACAUGAGUUGAACUGUUCCAAAAACGAGAAGGAGCUGGAGGAGUUACUCUUGGAAGCCAGCCUAGAGAUGGGACAGGAACCAAUGUGACACUUUAGGUAAGGGACAGUCCCCCCCCCCCCCUUGCCAGGAGCGUUUUCAGCUAAAAUCAAGUUCCCAGAAAGAAAAAUCAAGGUGUGCUUUAAAGGCAGAGCUGUUUGGCCACCAGCUGGAUUGGUUUUCUUAAGACAUGUGUGGUUGGUUGUUUGCUUGCAGACGUCUCAUGACCCCACUAGGUCCCAUCAUCAGUGCGAGAAGGGGGUGGGGUUUAAUC